CCAUGGCGACCCCACUGCGCCUGCGCCGAGCGGCCGCCUCGGCAUCCGGAGAGCCCGCGGCCGCGGCCAUAGAGCGGCGGAAGCGCGGGCAGAGCGUCCCGCCCGCAGGACAGCACCAUGGCCUCCCGCGGGGGUCCCCGCGCCCCCGGCACCGACGGCAGCGACUUCCAGCACCGGGAGCGCGUGGCCUCGCACUACCAGAUGAGCGUGACCCUCAAGUCGGAGAUCAAGAAGCUGAUCUACACGCACGUGGUCAUCUGGCUGCUGCUGCUGGCCCAGAUGUGCGUGGGGCACCUCAAGCUGCUGCCCCACGACCAGGUGGCCAUGCCCUACCAGUGGGAGUACCCCUACCUGCUCAGCAUCCUGCCCUCCCUCCUGGGCCUGCUCUCCUUCCCCCGCAACAACAUCAGCUACCUGGUGCUCUCCAUGAUCAGCACCGGCCUCUUCUCCGUGGCUCCCCUCAUCUACGGGGCCAUGGAGAUGUUCCCCAUGGCACAGCAGCUCUACCGCCAUGGCAAAGCUUACCGCUUCAUCUUCGGCUUCUCGGCCGUCUCCGUCAUGUACCUGGUGGUGGUGGUGGCCGCGCAGGUCCAUGGCUGGCAGCUCUACUAUAGCAAGAAGCUACUGGACUCCUGGUUCACUAGCACGCAGGAAAAGAAGAAGAAAUGAGUGUGAAUGGGUGGGCUCCGUGAGGUGCUGAAGCUCUGCAGCUCAAUCCUGUGGGGCGGCGCUGGCGCAGCUCCGGUGGGUGGGGGGCCCCCGGGGACCAAGCUGUGGGUGUCUGAGCCACGCCACGGCCCCGGGCUCGCACGUAAUGGGGAGGGGGGAAUCCCCGAGGGCUGGGGCCGUGGAGGGUUCCCUGGGGUACGUUCCCCUUCGUCUGCGUGUUGCUCUAUGGAAAUAAAGCACCGUCCGCGCUCCCA